AUGGCCUUCUCGACGAAGCUGGCGCCCGAGAUGGACAGGCCGUCGCUGUACGUGUACGGGGGCAUGUGCCCCAACUCGUCGGCGGAGACGGUGGACUCGUGGCAGUGGGCGGCCAACUACACCAAGUCGAUGCUCAAGAUCGCCCCGGACGGCGACAAGGAGGUGGCGAGCAACACGGCGCUCAGUGGAGGACCGAAGGCGCCCAUGGCCGGGUUCACGAAGACGCAGCUGCCGCACAGCCUGGCGAACGUGUCGGGCACCAUCACGCAGCAGGCCAGGUGGGUGCUCCUCGGGGGCCACACGGCGUCGGCCUUUAUCAACAUGAGCAACGCCGUGCUCUGGGGCCUCCCCGACGAGUCGUGGACGUACAUCAACAUCCAGGCGCCAAAGGUCGAGGGCCCCACGGAGCUCUCGGCCAUCUACGAGCGUGCCAGCACCGAGGUCACGCCGCGGAGCGGGCACACGGCCGUGCUCAACGAGGACGGCAAGUCCAUCACCGUUCUUGGGGGCUGGGUUGGCGACGUGAACACCGCUGCGGAUCCGCAGCUCGCCGUGCUGGAGAUGAGCCAGGCGUACAGCGGGUGGAGGUGGAAGAUCCCGACCCAGCAGCCGGACUUUGGCGCCGUGUACGGGCACGGUGCUGCGGUGCUCCCGGGCAACGUCAUGGUCGUCUACGGCGGACGGGGGAUCGGGUCCUCGUCAUCGAGUAAGAAGGCGAAGAGGCAGGCGGCCGGCUUAUCCUCGCCGAGAUAUCUGAACUUGACGGAUAUGUCCUGGGCUACGAGUUAUACGAACCCAGAAGCGAGCAGCGGCACUGGGGGUCCGGAUGCGCCUAACGGGAGCACAGACUCUUCGACGCCGAUGAGAUUAGGACUGGGGCUUGGUCUGGGACUUGGUCUGGGUUUGAUACUGAUAAUCUCCAUGAUUAUAUUCUGUAUCUGGAAGUCCAAAAACCGCAAGUCUCGCGAUGCGGCUGUUGCUGCUCUGGUGCAGGAUUCGAAGAACUUUAUACACGACGGUGAUGAUGAGAUGGCGGAGCGAGACGACUUCUUCGCGACGUGGGGACGCGGUGGAUGGUUCGCAUCUGGUGCCUUGGACCAGCCCUACCGCCCGCCCGGACAGCAGGAUCGAUCUCUCGGCUACGAGAGCCUGCGAGGAUCCCAGGGAAGCGGCUCACCGCAGGACUACGGCGCCGGAUACAUGAUGGGCGUUCCCUCCAUCGUGCGGAAGCCCGUGCCCCGACAGUCGAGGGGGCUGUACAACCAGUUCAUCAACGGGCCCGGAGGUAUCCAUCCCAUCCUGGAAGACGACGAGGACGAGCAUCUGCAUCACGUACACGUUGCCAAGGCGGCCGACGAUAUCCCCCAUACACCCACGUCGGACGUACCAUCCGACCCCUUUAUAACCCCGAUCAACCCAGUUCCCGCGCCUCUCUUCAGCAGACCCAACAGCGGUGCGAUAAGCCCGGAGAGCGUACGGCGAUAUGAUUCAGAAGUCCAGGACUGGGUAUCCGAGGUCGACGCCGCGGAGGGCCUGCUUGAUAGAAUCAACAGCACCCGCGGCAAGGUCUCGCCCACGCGCCGGGCAUCCUACCGCUCGACCGGACCCCGCGACGACGAAUCCGGCCUGUCAGAGGUAUCUAACCGCAGCGCGGCGCGGCGCACCAACGUGGCCAACGCCAUGGCCGGCAUCCCGGCCCUGGAGAACAAGCCGGGCAGCUCGUCGAGCAGCAGCUACAACACGGCCAAGUCGUCGUUCAACGCACUACAGCAGGAGGGACCGAGCCUGCUACUAGGAGGCACGACUGGAGGGCUAGGACCGACCGACGAGGAGCUGGACGCGAGGGCGAUGGCCGAGGACGUGCAGAUGCCCGGUUCCCCCUCCAAGUCGAAGCCGCGGCGGGGGUGGCUGGGCUCGCUGCGCCGGGUCUUCUCGACGUCGGGCCGCAGCGUGACGCCCUCGUCGACGGAGUCGCGCGAGUACGCGCAGAGCCCGCACUCGUGGGACCAGCACAGCAGCGGGGACAUGGAGCCCCCCUCGCGGCUGGUCGGGCUCAACGGCGAGCUCCUGAGGCGGAAGCAGGGGCGGCGCGACUGGGAGCACGACAGCGGGGAGGAGGACCAGUGGGACAUUGAGCGGGCGGUGGAGCAGCGGCUCGUGCAGGUCAUGUUCACGGUGCCCAAGGAGCGGCUGCGGGUGGUGAACGGGGACGAGGAGAACCCCGUCGACGAGGAGAUGGCGCAGACGGCGGAGCUGGUCGACCCGGAGGGCGAGGGGGAUAGUCUGCGGCGGGCGAUGACUGCCGAGUCGGAUCUGGGUGGUGUAGGUGCUAGUGCUGCGUCUGCGUCUGCUCUGCGGGAUAACAGCAGUAGUAUCCGGCGGAGCUACGACGGCGGCGUGAGGAUGGACAACGCGAGCAGCAGUCACCGCCGGAGCUAUAUGACGGAGGACGGCGGCGUGAGGAUGGAUAAUGCCAGCAGCAAGCGGCGCAGCUACGCUACCGAGGAUGGCGGUGUCAAGUUCGACAAUGCCAGCAGCAAACGGCGCAGCUACGCCACGGAGGACGGCGGCGUAAAGAUGGACAGUGCGAGCCGCAAGAGCUACCACACCGAGGACGGCGGCGUAGGCAUCGACAUGGGCCUGAACGCGGAGAAGGAGGCGGACGAGCAGGAGGUGUCGUUGCUGAGUCCCAGCGACGCCGAGGUGGAGGAUAGACAGGAGGUGUCACUGUUGAGCCCGUCACUGCUGAGUCCAUCGCUGCUGAGCCCCGUCGAGGUGGACGACAGGCGGAGGAGCCACUCGACCAUGGGGCCUGGGAGUCCGAUACUGGCGACGGCCGAGGAGGUGAGGAUGGAGAAGCCGCCGCAGCACAGGAUCCUCCACCACAGCCCGGACAUCAUCCCCGAGGGCACGCCGGAGACGCCGGAGAAGCCAAGAUCCAGAGUGCUCCGCAUGGUGGAGAGCAUCGAGAGCGCGAACAGCGUAGCCAACAGCCCGCGGUCGAGUCCGAGCCCCAGUCGGCAGAAGCGGGAGUAG